UCUACUGAGCAUGCCUGAAAUUUAGGCACCAAGUUAUUGAUUACCUUUACUGCGCAUGUUUGGGGCCUAGACAAAGCUAGCCCUCUAGUACUUUCGUCGCCGCACCCAGUAUUAUUUUGGCACUGGUGCAUAGCACAUGCCAUAAUGCCCUAUGCCAUGUCGUCUCGCCAAUUUCGCAAGGCGAACGGCCAAGCCAACUUGCCCCCGCCUCCGGAAGAUUCAGAUGAGGACUACCAGCCUUUGUACGCCCGUCGUCCGACCAGCUCUCAAUAUGCAGGGUUGGUGCUUAGCUCCCACUCUGAGUCCGACCGCAGCUCACGCAGCGAAGAGGAAUUGCAAGAUAGGGCACAAGCUCUGCCUGUCCCAAAGAAGAAUACUAAGAAAAGGGGCGGCGGCGGUGGAGGUGGUGGCAAGGGGCGCGGGCGCAGGACACCGGGCGCUGUUGAUGAAAUUGACCGCUCACUCCAAGAAGUGAAUGCUAUGCUGGGCUCCCCAUCUCGCCCGCCAGCAGACGAAGCUUCCGCGCCCAAGGUUAACCAUGCCUUACAGGUUUUAACCGUUGACGCUCGCCACUUGAAUGUCACUAAUGAGGUCAGGCGGCUGUUUGGGCCUGAUGAGAGCGAGCUCAAUAAGCGUGGCCGUGUGCACUCCAGCCGCGCUUUUAUGCUGCGUCGUGUGUUGGUUCACCCUAAUAAGGACACUCAGAUUUAUGAGUUUAACAACAUUGGUCUCUCAAUGACCAAGUACAAGUAUGUCAACAAGCGCAUGUACUUCGUGUUCAAUCAUAACGAAGCCUAUCAAAAGAUGCACCGUGCUUAUCUCGCUAAAUAUGCACGUGCUUCCACGUCUGAACUUCUGAUGGGCCUGGAAGAAGCGCGCCGUAAUAUGCACGUCGAAGCAUUGUUGGAGAUUGCCGACCGUUUAUUCCGCAUGGAAGAAAACGGUGUUGCUAACGAAAUCGUGGAGAAUCUGGUACUCUUUCUCCAGUAUGUGGCUCACCCACUGUUCAUUCUGUCUCAUAACAAUGUGCGACUGGAUUACAAGUAUAUGGAGAACCGGCCAUUCCAUGUGGCCAUGUUGAAGUACGUGUACUUGCUUUCUAACAAGGCCUGUCACCGCACUGCGCUGGAGAUUGCUAAAAUGAUGCUCCUGCUUGACCCUAAUGAUCCGUUGGCACUGUUAGCUUUAAUUGACAUACUUGCCCUUCGCGCAAGGGAGCAUGAAUGGUUGAUUGAAGCAAUUCGUUACUUUGAUCACCAGCGAGAGGCUAAACUCUUGUUUAACAUCAAGUAUUCCAAUGCUUUGGCGCAUUUCCAUGUAGCCAUUAAAAAGCGGGGUGACUUCAACGAGGCUGAUCAGCUCAUCAAGGAGGCUAUAUUGGCUCACCCCCAAGUAUUCGUGCAUAUCAUGGCUUGCUGCGGUGUUACCAACCCGCCCAUACUGAACCACGCUAUUUUCAAGCGUGAUUUGCAGAACCCAUGGACUCCAGGAGUCGAGGAGCUGUUCCUGAUCUACGCCAAGAUGACUGCUCCACGCUGGAACGAGCCGGCCGUAAUGGGUUGGAUCACCAAGAACGCGGCCGAGCUCUGCAAGAGCUACGAUGAAGAUGCCGAUGUCCGGGAGACUGCCAACGAUUGGGCCGUUAGCCGCCAUGGCUUGUUCCAGGUGUGGCCUCCAGAGUACCUGCGCCACAUCUCUGUGCUUUCCUGCAUGUCCAAGCUGAUCAUAGAUAUGCCGGUGAACUCGUUCUUCCGGCCGACCUGCGGCUGGGACCCUGUCUUCGACAAGUCGGUGAACCGCUACGGCUACUCGUACAAGGUGGACCCGCCCCGCAACCUGGGCAUUGGCGGCUCGCCUGUUUACAGCAAUGACAUUCGUAACGACCAUUUCAUUAUGUUGUCGCAAAUCGCCAUGCAUCCUGCUUGCUUCCCGUACAUCAACUUUGUUCAUAACGAGCCGUUCUACGUGCCUGCCGCCAGGUAUGCUGCUCCGGAUUACGCAUUCGUCCCUCAUCAUGAGUUCGUGAACCCUGCGUUCAUGCAAGAUUUUCCUCCUGAAUUUGCGCCCGAAUUUUUGCCCCAUGACGCAUACGAGCGCCCGAACGCUAAUGACCGUGAGGGACAACAAGUCCCCCAAGAACACUUGCAGCCACAGGGCAUCCCGCCAGCCCAGCUGCAGCCACCCGUUCCGUACGUGGGAUUCGAAAUGCCGUACUUCGAGAUCCCGGCGCCGCUGCUCGAAGCGCCACUUCUGGCUGGGCCUCAGUUUUGGAUGCCUGUCGAGGCACAAGAGGUUCCUCUUCUCAUGCCACGCAACUUGCCACCAGAGGAGCUUACCAAUGAAACCAUUUUUGAUGCCGAGACCGGCUACAUAAACUAUGAUUACGAUGACGACGAAGGCAACUUCGCUGCCUACGAAGCGGACAUGGCCUCGGCUAUGGCCGCCGUGUGCCUCGAUGACAACAUCGGGGCCGGUUACUACACUAAUAAUGCUACUUACAUCCAUCUGUUUCUAUUCGCAGCUAUCCUAUCGCUUUAUUUAAGGAACGUGCUAUGUCUCCACGAGAAUGCCGCUACGGUAGUGUACCAUAUAUUUAUCAUGAUGUGCUAUACCAUGCCGCUGAUGGGCGCCAUAUUGGCAGACAAUUUCAUCGGAAGAUACAGGGUGAUAUUAUAUUUUUCAAUAAUAUACCUAAUUGGGACGGUGCUGACUUGCUGUUCUGCGAUACCGCCGCUUAUGUUACCUCCGACAACGACCUCAAUGAUUGGUUUGUUGCUCAUUGCAACUGGCACGGGCGGCAUCAAACCAUGCGUGGCUGCGUUCGGCGGUGACCAGUUCCGUUUACCAGAAGAGAACCAGUUGCUUCAGAAGUUUUUCUCCACUUUCUAUUGUACUGUGAAUCUGGGUGGGUUCAUGGGAAUGGUGGUCACGCCGGCACUGCGCAGGAGUGUCAUGUGUUUUGGAGAUGACGCGUGUUACGCACUAGGCUUCGGAUUCCCUGCUUUACUCGUGCUUAUUUCUAUAGUGAUAUUCGUGGCGGGGAAGCCAUCGUAUAGGAUAAAGCAGCCACGGGACAAUGUGACGCUCAAGUUCAUUUCCUGCGCUUGGUACGCGAUUUGCAAGCGUUUCAAAUACAACUCCGAAUUGGAUGGGAUGCCCAGGGAACAUUGGUUGGACUAUGCUGUCGAGAAAUAUGGUGAAAAACUCGUCGCUGAUAUGAAAGUCGUGUUUUCCAUAUUAUAUCUCUACUUGCCUGUGCCCAUAUUCUGGUCACUCUUCGAUCAACAGGGUUCCCGUUGGACUUUCCAAGCUUCAAGGUUACGAAGCGAGGUCUUCGGCGUCACCUUAAUGCCGGACCAGCUGCAAGUGAUGAACCCUGCGAUGGUUCUCCUCAUGAUCCCGGUCUGUCCAGGAGGCGCGUGGCCUCUACUCCCAGACAUGCCACCACUCCAGAAAAUGUUCAUCGGCGGAAUGCUAGCUGCAAUGGCAUUUGUUUCUGCGGGAAUUCUACAAAUUGGCAUAGAGCGAUCCACAUUGCAAGUUCCUGGUCACCGUCAGACAGGGUUGGUGAUAAUGAACACGUUGGGUUGUGCUGUGGACAUGGCGAUCCGGGGUGAAGGUUUAGCGACGGUGGAGCAGCACGGCACGGCCCUCAUGACUCCCCUGCCUCACAAAGGUCUCACCGUCACUGCCACCAGCCCUGUCAUCUGCGCUGGAAGAGUCAUGAAGAAGCAUAUCACGAAAGAAGAAUUGAAAACUGUAGCUGGAAUGUUCAUGCCGGUUGUAAUUGGACAGAAUUCUGAUGAUCAGAUCAGCUUGUACUUUAUGGAUCCGAAUCCUUUUGUGAAGUCUCUAACUGGGAAACCGAAGUUAAAAGUGGUUUACGUCGGUGAUACAGGACCGAAUAAAAAUGUGUCGAUAGCCGUGGAGACGGAGAAGAGACUGAGUGACAUUUACUAUGUGUCGGAUGCUCCAGUUGACCACAUCGGCGAGUCGGCUUACAUGUGUCUACAACCUGGCAAGUUUCGAUGGCGAGCGCUGAGCGCAGACGGUGAAAUGUCAGGCUCUGGUGAGGGGUACCUUCGAGCUGGUGGAGUGUACGUGCUGUGCUUGAGAGAGCGGCUCGGCAGGCUGGAUGCAGCGGUACUGCAUGCACCCAAUCCUCCAAACGAGCUGCAUCUGGCCUGGAUAGUGCCGCAAUAUCUGCUGGUCUCCGUUGCUGAGAUCAUGUUUGCUGUGUCUGGACUUGAAUUUUCAUUUACACAGGCACCAAAAAGUAUGAAGACUAUAACUAUAGCAGCUUGGUACGUCUCAGUAGCGUUCGGAAACUUGAUCGUCAUUCUCGUUGCCCAGACCAAGAUAUUUCAAUCGAGGGCGACGGAAUUUUUCGUGUACGCCGGAAUGCUUGCUGUCGCUAUGUUGGUGUUCCUGCGGAUGGCACAGGACUACCACUCGAGAAAUAUCGAUGCGGACGCCUCAUCCUCAGAAAGUCGACCGUUGUUACACCAUCGAUCCAAGGUGAUCUCAGUGCAUUCGUUGUCAACGUCAAGUACUCGUGCGUUCGGCGGCACGGGCAGCAGUGCAGCUUCGUGCUUGGGCGUGAUGGAGCGCUCGCGACCAGCGGCCUGGCCCCAGCGUGCAUACGUGCAUAUAGCCACGCCAAGCACGGCAGAACCCAAAGCUACUACACUAGCACAGGAAUAAUUUCUUAUUUAAUAACACAUGUAUUUUAAACAGCUUUAUCGUAAUGCAAAACCUCAUAGGAAAGGGAAGAAUAAUAAUACAAUUGACGAGGAACUAAAAUAUAUAAACAGAAUUUAAUAUAAACAUGUUUUGCAAUUUGAAUACAAACAAAAAAGAAUAAUUAGCUGGAAAAAGAAAACAUUAACAUCUAAUUAGAAAUAAACUGUCUCCUUCAACAUUAAAAAUAGACGCGACAAAAAGACAUCGUGACGUGCGCUAUCUAAAAAUGCUACGGUAAAGGUGCUACGGCGCUACGCCUCGUAGCGAUUGCUCGUAGCUGAUUACGUAGCCUUUUAAUUUAACAGACACUUCGUUCAUGUCCCGUUUUAAUAAUUUAUUGUAAUUAUAAUCAUCAUCAACAGGGUAAGUGCCUGUUGCUGAGCAAAUGCCUCUUUUCACACUGAGAAGGUUUGAACAUUAAUCAUCACGUUUGCUUUAGGAGGAUUAGCGAUUUUAAAUUUAUAAUUAGGAAUUAUAGGACCUGGUUUCCUCACUAUGUUAUGGUGACGAAAUAAUUUAAGAAACUACAUAAAUAUAACUCGGGAAAUAUCUCAUUGUUGCUUGUCGGGUUUCGAACCCACCACGCCCUCAUACAUAUGAGCGGCGGGCGUCUUAAACCUAUGAGCUACUCCGACAUUUACUGUAAAGAGGCUUAUAAUAAUUAGAAAUAAAAAGUUCUAUAAUAGAUCCGAUGGUAAUGAUGAACACUUAUUAUCAUAGGACUCAUAGUAAAGUACAUCGAUAGCCACAGUCGGAUGCCCGAAUGCAUAGAAAUGUGAAUAAUCUAGUUAGUCGAAUAACAGGUGUAUCAUUAUCAAUUCGUUUGCUAACUCACUGAAAAUUUAGUAAACCAUGUAUUCAGGCACUAGUGGUGUCCAUAAAUAUUCAUGAUAUCGAUGAUUUAUAGAAAGGGACGGCAGAUUAAAAUUAUUUACGUAAGUAUGCAAAAGGUUUUUUUUAAACUAGUUUUGAGGUUUUAUAUAGAACAUAAUUUAUUUUUAAUUUAGUUUAAUGAGACGUUAGCGUUGUAAUUUGUAGUUUUCGUAGUUUGAUUAUUUAUAAGUUUUACUAAUAAAAUGUUAGUAGCCUU